AGUGAACACAGAGAAAACUAAAGAGGUAGGCCUAUUCAAUAUACUCUGCUUGCUUCUGUACAAAAGUUGCAUUUUGAUUGCUCUAACUUAUGGUAUUAGCUGGCAUGCUUCAACACGAGUCCGACCACUUAACUGUUAUACCUGUUUUUAUUCAGAUAGAGCUAUCUCAGCUCCAGGAUUGAUGAAGAAAACAUUUUCACCCUCUGCAACCUUUCUUGAUUGUGAUGUUCCGAAUGGAACGAUGUAGCCAUGGCUUCUUCAGACGAAGGUGACUCAUCCGCCCCGUCAACGCCAAACUAUGCCCAGCUAUCGGGAUAUUCGCCUCCCGCCAAUGUACCUAUGGUGAAGGCCGAGUACGAUGGGAGCCCCGGUUGCAGCAGCGACAGCGUCUGCUCUCCCGAGUCGAAUGGCGCCCUCAUCAACGGCAUCCAGAACACUCUCCUUGAUGAGGCUGCCAAGGGGGAUGGGGACCAAAGUGCUAACCCUAGGCUAUGUGCUGUAUGUUCAGACCUGGCAUCUGGGUAUCACUAUGGCAUAGCAUCAUGUGAGGCUUGUAAAGCCUUCUUCAAGAGAACAAUUCAAGGUAACCUGAAUUACCAGUGCCAUUCCACAAGAGCAUGUGAGGUGAAUAAGAAGAGGCGUAAAGCAUGCCCGGCAUGUCGCUUUCAAAAGUGCAUCAAUAUGGGCAUGAUGAUAGAUGGAGUUAGACCCGACAGAGUACGAGGAGGCAGGCAAAAGUAUAGGAGGAGGCCAGAAGAAACGGACUUUGCUCCUUCUUCUUCAGCGAGAAGAGCGAAACAUAAGAGAGCCGCUGAACUGACCAAGCACCUUCUGAAGAUAGAACCACCUGUCAGUACCCUCGGGCCGAUUGACCCUAGCCUCAAAGACAAGGAUCCAGCCUUCCAGGCCAUGAAGAUCAUCACAGACCUAGGGGACAGGGCACUGGUCAAUGUGGUCCAGUGGGCCAAACAAGUACCAGGUUUCACAGAACUCUCCCUAGGGGACAGAAGGAUUCUUCUUCAAGAUGGUUGGAUGGAGAUCCUUCUGUGGCAGGUCAUCUUCAGAUCAAUACCUCUCACAGACCCUGACAGAAUAGCUUUCACAAAGGGUCUGAGUAUGGAUGAGGAGCAGGCAGCAAGAAGUGGUCUUGGUUCAUUAGUGGCAAAGGCAUUACAUCUCACGAGAAAACUCAGGGACAUUGGCAUUGACAAGGAAGAAUAUGCAUUGCUAAAAUGUAUCAUACUUUGUAAUGUUGAGUUAUCAAGAGUGGAGGAGAACACCCAUCUGGGGGAACUUCAGAACAAUCUGUAUGAUGCCUUGCAUCAUCACAUCAUGAAGGACUACCCUGGAGACAGCCGCAGGGUCUGUCAUCUCCUCUCCACCCUCCCGACGCUUCGCCAGCUCUCCUCCGAAUCGGUGGACCAUGUCUCACGUAAUUCAGCGGAGAAGAGCAUCCCCAUUCAGCAGCUUUUCAGAGAGAUGCUGGAAUCAAAGUGUGAUUAAAAGACUAAGGGGAUUUGAAUUGCUUCAAAAGCCAAGCUCAAAAAGUAUGAUCCAAAGAAUCGUACAGCUCAAACUCUGUAGAGCUGUAGCAGUGGACUUGCCACAUAGUGAAACUAAUAUGUCUAGGACAUCAUUUUGUGAUUCAAACAUUAUUGAGCAAGUGCAGUGGUAACACACUUUAGGAUAAGUUACUGAUGGGCGAACGGACUCUUGAUUGCGAUUUUUAUACAUGAUAACAGCAUGAAAUUGCUUUUGCAGCAAAUCAAACAAUGUGCAAAGUCGGUUCAAGUUCGGCGUAGAUAUCGCUUCAAGAACAAGAGUGUGAUUUUUAUAAAGCAGUGGCAAUAUGAUUGCUUAUCAAGAUGGUAGUCCACCAUGAAACUACAGAGUCCUAUAAAUGAUGACACUUUGGUGGUGGACAGAAGAAACGCAAGGUUGUUUAUCAGCAGAGCAGAAACUGUGGCAGGAGUCUUGUUGAGUGAUGUCCAUAAGAGGCUAUCUGAAAGAAAGCUACAGAGGAAGUCAUUUGUGCAUAGACAGUCAUUGAAAGAUUACUACAACUAUAUGGCAUGGUUAUGAGUGGGAUCAGUUUAAAUGACAGCCUAAUUCAGGUUCUUGCCAAAUUUAGGACCUGGCCUACCAUUUUUGGCUUCCCUCCAGACCACUGCAAUGUAAGUGUAUAGGAGAUGCCAAGUUCUGUUCCCUUUGCAAGUCUGAGAGAAUAGAUAUAUUUUCUUUUGCGUGUUGGUGACAAAGAAUUACCAUUAUUAUUAUUCGUAGUAUUAUUAGUGUUAUUUUUAUUCUUAAAAAUGACAAUGUAUAUUCAGAAUUAUAGUUAUCAGUGCAAAUGCAGUAUGUGAAUGUGUGUGAUGGUUGAGGGGGAACUAAUGACUGUUUCUGAAGGGAAUGGUUUUCAGAAUAAGGAAACUCGACUGGGCAACAAGAGUUCUAGUUUAAGAAUGUCAUAUUUUCAACAUUUACUUGUACACAUAGCUGAUUAUUGAACAUGGGUAGAAAUAUAAGUCAAAUUAUACUAUAACACUAGGAUAUGUUACUGCCAUAGUAGGUUUUUUUUCCAGGUUCAGUAGUGGGGGAGGGGGUGAAUUAAAGCAAUAGGGUGUCCCGAGUAGACAUUUUCCUUUUUUGAGCAUUAUUGCUCCCUGUUUGUGUGAAAUAAAAGAUAUUUUAAUUUCUUGUCUAAAAUAUAAUUUUAUUAAUCAAAACAUGAGUUUAUAUAUUUGUAUAUUUGAAAAUGUUGCUAUGAAUAUAGUAAAAUGUUAUAUGCACAGAAUAAUAAGGGAUUUUGUUUUGUAUUAAAAGAAAUAAACAUAAUAAACACAGACAGUACUAUAGCCGUGAGAGAUGCACUUCAUGAGAUUCAAAAUUAGUAUGUAGUUCAGAUUACCUGAAAUUAAUUAGCUGGUUAUAUUUUAGAUCAUAAGAAGAAAGGGUCCAUUAUCAAAAUUAGGAUGUAUUCUCUUUUUGCUCCUUGUCUGGAAUUAAUAUCUGACACAUUGAUAUGUAUCUUGCCAAUUCAGAACCAGGUUAAAAAUAUUAAAAUAUGGAGUGAAGUAAUUCAUAUUUUGUUUAAUGAAAUAAAACUUUUGUUCAUUUUAUCAGGUAAAGCUAGUUUCCAGACUAUAUUAAUAGUGUUAUUUCUAGAAGUAAGAUGAUAUCAGAUAGCAGAAAUAAAGACAUUACAUGUAGUUUUUAGUGUAAAAACAUUUUUUUUCUUUGGCUGUUGAUUGUUUUGUAGCAUUGUUAAUCAAUGGACACCACACACUAGAGAAAAAUAGAUAAAUAAAUUGAAGUGUACUGUAGGUACUAAACAAACAAAAAAUAGAAAAUACUUGUCAAUUUCUGGAAGUGCCGACAUUCAAGGAGUAUGUAGCUAAUUUAGCAACAGGCAGGUUGUACAAAAUAAUGACAAAUGAACCAAAUGUGUAUAAGAAAAGGGAGAAGUAAAAUAAUAUUGUAUCAUAUAACAGUAACAAAGCCUGUGAUUGGUAAUGGACAGUGUCUGCCAAACUUCUGUUCAGCAUAAUUCUGUUGAUUUUUGUUUAAUUGUUAUAACACACACACAUAGUUUGGUGUGAUUAAAUUGCUUAAAACCUUGUAUGACCUUUGAAUCAUAUUGACAUAUGUUGAAUGAUUCCAACCAAAUCAGGAAAUCAACUUGCUCACAUCAUAUACACAUCAUAUUAAUAAUAUGUCAUUGCCUUUAUCAAGGCUUGAUAAACUAAUUUUCAAACCUUCCAAUAAUGACAUAUAAUAAAGUGUCUGCAUUUGAAAUUUUUGAAUUUGAUGGGUUUGUAAAUAAUGAAGAUUUCUAUUUUUAAACAUGUGCAUGUAUCUCAGUUUAAGCUAUGUAUUUAUGUACAUACCUGUCCAAUGCCUGUGAAGUAUUGUUACAUCCUUAUGAAUGAGGAAUAUUAAUUAUCAAAUUUUGAUAGAUUACUGUCAAAAGGGAUUUUUUUUUUGUUCCCAAAACUUUAAAAGCAAUUUUAUAUUCAGCUUUCAUUGGGAGUUUGAUACUGAUCUGGUGCUUAUCCAGUAACAGGUGUAGUCCAUGACCCAGGGUAGAACAGUGUCAUUCAAAACAAAUGCUAUAACACUGUAUAUAACAUUUACAUUACAUUACUGUAAUACACUGUACAGUGUAUGUACCUGCAUAUUGCCUCAUAUGGGAAAGAUAUUUCCCAUCCUCUAUGGCUGAGGUUAAGAACAUAUAUCGCCUGGACAGCAAGUUAGCUGACUUCACAGACGUAAAGUUAUUAUCAUUAUUUCCAGUUCUUUUCUCUAUUUUGUGAUUAGCAAAUUAUAAUCUGCUCUCUAUGACAUCUGAAGAAUUUAAAGAGCUACUUGGCUCUACUGUUAUCACUUUUACAGAUCUUUUUUUGACAAUUCUUGGGUCAGCAAAUUAGAAACUUUUGCCCAUGAUAACUGAAGAUAACUUGCCUUUAAUAAAGCAAUAUGUCCUGCUAUAUAGGUAAUGGUAUUACCCCCCCCCCCCCCUUCACCCUCCGCCCUCCCCACUUUUUGAAAAAAUCUUAUAUCCAAAUGGAAUGGACAGGGUUAUAUAUUUUGUAUAUGUUGAUUUGAAAAUCUAAUUUUCAAUAUUUUUUUUAAUGUAAUGUUAAAAACAAUAUAAUGUAAUGUCGGGAGCCAGCUCAGUGAGUUUGAGAGACUUCCCCUGAGCCAAGCUGGUCUGGGAUGAUUGCUAAAACAGCAAAGAUCAGAAACUGUUUUGUCUCAGAAAAAUGCCAAAUAAUAAACAAUAAGAUUGUAAGAACCAUUUACCUCCAAGCCUGAACUGAGCUCAGAUUUGUUACCAAAUAUCUAAUUUAACUAAUCCUUAACCUGGAUUUCAGCCACAUCAAACAAACGUAGUCUUAGUGGAAUCAUAUAUAAAUUGACUAAUCAGAUUGACUAUCAAAUAAUGAUCAUUUGCCUUUCAGAAUCGCUUACUGGCACUUCCUAUAUUAGAGCAGUUAUAAGGAGACAAUUUGUCUAUCUGUAUUCCCUUCUUGAGCCUAAUGAAGAAAAUGUAUGUUCAUACUUUUCAUUGGCGUGCUAUUAAUCUAAUUUUCACAAAUCAUGAUGUUGGGUAGUUUGAAGUUCAUUAUUGGUCACCAACCUACAUUUUCAGUAUGCAAGAAGUGCACAUUACAUAAUUAUAUUCAUGUGUAUAUCUUGAAUGUACAGAGGUGCCAGGUCUAAAAUAAUGAUUUAAACAAAUUAUUGCCAUAAUUUCAUAUUGGUUACCCUCUCAGCAAUGAGUUACUGAAAAUAUCCUAAGAAAGGUGAAUUUAAAAUUGUGUAGUUCUGUAUAAUAUGAAAUUAACCAAAUGAAAAUAAGGCAUACUCUAGGUCUAUAUGAAAUCAUGUUUGUGUAAAAGGAGGGGGUAACAUGUAUCAACAGAUAGAGUGCACAUAUACAAAUUACAUGUAGAUGCGAUAUAUACUGUUGUUCAUUUCAGUCAAACUUCUGUUAUCACAUUUGUCUCGUUUAUGUUUUUAUUAUAACAUUCUGAACUACUGUUGGCUAACUUAAGAAAAACUUAAUUGAUGGCAAGUUGGUUUUGACAUUAUUUUUGUCAAAUAAAAAAAUGUUGAAAAUGAGACAAGAAAAAGGGAAAUAUUUUGACUUACUACAUGAAAUAUAAAUUCUAUUUUUUAUUAUUAUCAGAGAGAUGUGUUUUCAAUUAUGCUUUCUGUAUAAGCAUGUACUGAAAAUCAUUUCAUUUUAAUGGAUGUAUAUGUAUAGAAAUUUUCUGAUAUUUCUCAAUUUAUAAUGGGUAUUGUACAUAGAUAUCUGUUUACUAUUUUUUCAAUUUGCUUGAAAUGUAUCAUUUAUUAUUUUCUGAUUAUGCUGUUGAGCAUGAAAAAUCAGAUAUUGUGAUAAUAAUGGCUCAUUAUGGGGAUAAUGUUCUUAUUUCCAGUAAAAUGUCAAUUUAAGGGUUUGAAGAAGGAAAAAGGAAAUAAUUCUUUCUUCAUUCACUUCUUGUAAAUUUCAUUAUGAUGUGAUGAAUUUCUGUAUGUAAAUUGAUGUUCAACUUCGAAAUUGUAUAUUAAAUAAUUUUUCAUGCAAAUUUAUAA